AUGUCUUACCAAUCAAUCUAUUCCUUUGUCUCUCACCAGUCUUCCACAAGCUCUCAAUCUUCAAGACAGCCUCUGCUCCUGCCAACAAAAUGUUUGAAGAUCGAUUCAUCACUUUGUUAUUAUACCUCAAGAAGAAAGAGAAACUUAUCAAAGAUUGAAGCAACUGCCUCUCAGAACAGUUUCUUCAACACUACUCUCUUGUCUCCUUCUAAGAACACCAUCCCUGACAACUCUCAGAAAAAAUCAAAUGAAGCAGCUCUAAUAUUGAUUAGGCAUGGAGAGUCUUUAUGGAACGCCAAGAAUCUUUUCACGGGUUGUGUUGAUGUGCCAUUGACAGAGAAAGGUAUUGAAGAGGCUAUUGAAGCAGGGAAGAGGAUCAGCAACAUACCUAUCGAUGUUAUCUUCACAUCAUCUCUAAUCCGUGCUCAGAUGACUGCAAUGCUUGCCAUGAUUCAACACUGUCGCAAGAAAGUUCCUAUCAUAUUACACAACGAAAGCGACCAGGCGAAAUCUUGGAGUCAAGUGUUCAGUGAAGAAACUAAAGAUCAAUCAGUUCCUGUCAUACCUGCAUGGCAGCUCAACGAAAGAAUGUAUGGAGAGUUGCAAGGUCUGAACAAGCAGGAAACAGCGGAGAGAUAUGGGAAGCAGCAAGUCCAUGAAUGGCGUAGGAGUUAUGACAUUCCCCCUCCCGAAGGAGAGAGCUUAGAGAUGUGUGCUGAGAGAGCAGUGGCUUAUUUUGUUGAAAAUAUAGAACCAAAGCUUGCAGCUGGAAAGAACGUAAUGGUAGCUGCUCAUGGGAACUCUCUGCGGUCUAUCAUAAUGUAUCUAGACAAAUUGACUUGCAAGGAGGUGAUAAGUCUGGAGCUAUCGACUAGUAUACCACUUCUCUACAUCUUCAAAGACGGCAAGUUCAUGAAGAGGGGAAGCCCUGUUGGUCCUACAGAAGCUGGUGUCUAUGCGUAUACCAAGAGAUUGGCUCAAUACAGGCAGAAGCUGGACGAUGAAAGUUUGAAGAAAUAA